AUGGACGAGACUACGACUGGUCCAUGUACAGAUCAUUGCGAUAAUGCAGCUAUGAAACCUUUAAACAAUGAAAUUGAAGUAACACAAAUGUACCCAAUGAGGGGUAAAAAACGUAACUUGGCUUUCAUAUUCUGUCACGAAAAAUUUUAUAGAAAUAAAGAGAAAAAGCGAAUUGGAGUUGUAGCAGAUUGUAAUAAUUUAAUUCCUCUGCUACAAACGUUCAACUUUGCAGUAAAAAUUUAUAAAGAUCAAACAAGGGAUAAAAUAUUAGAUAUAUUAAGUAAAGUCGCACAAACGGUUCAAUCCGAUAUAGAUUGUCUUCUAAUUGUUGUAAUGACCCAUGGUCAUUCAGGCAUACUUUGUGCAUACGACGAACCAUAUGAUAUCAUCGAUCUGUGGAGUCCAUUUUCAGAAAAUAAUUGUCCUUCUCUCAAAGGAAAACCUAAACUAUUCUUUAUACAAGCAUGCCGUGGCGAUGAUGUUGAUGCUGGUACCGAGUUACAGUAUGAGGAAAAUACGCAAUUUAAACAACAAUUAUCAUCAGAGAACAGUUUACCGGAUGUAAGUGUUUACAAAUUAAGUCCAAUGGAACUUAUCAAAAUAAAGCUUGACAUGCUUCGUACACCUGAUGAACGAGAUUUCUUGAUCGGAUAUUCAACGGCACCAGUUUCGUUUAAAAAUAAAUAUGGAUCAUGGUUCAUUCAAGAAAUUUGUUCGAUAUUUGAAAGAUAUGGAAAAAAUUACGAUCUAUUAACUUUACUUACUUUCGUCUCUCUAAGUGUUGCAUUAAACUAUGUGUCUCGUAACGAAAAGGAACCAAAAUAUCAUGAUAAAAAGCAAGUACCGUGUAUUAUAAAUACAUUAACUAAGCGAUUGGUAAUAGGAAAAAAUGGAAAAAGCAACACUAUGUCGUAUGUUUAA